AUGUUUUCUUUCCUAGGCCACGCAGCCAAAAAAGCUUACCACGUAUACAGUGGUCACGACGACCUCCCCAACGAUACCCAGUCCGGAGGUCAUGCCGUCGAGGCCGAUAAAUCAUCGCCGUCGCCGGCCGCUGUAGAUGGCAAGCCUCUCGACUCGAUUACUCCGGAUGGCGUACCACAGGAGACAGGGGCGCAGGUGGACCUCGUCGAGGAGGACGACGAAGGCUGCAUCUAUGCCUACGGCACGGUCAGCCUCGUGCACAACAGCUACGUGCUCAUUGAGAACCGGCUGAUGUGCGAGAUGCAGCAUGUCGUACCAGCUGACCUUAGGAAGGGCGACCGGGUCAAAUAUAUGGCGUAUCGGGCGAGCAAGGGCGAGGAUCUGAAAGUGCGCAAGAUCAUCAGUAAAAGCGGACCCGAUUGGGAAAAAGAGCUCGGCGUCCAGGAUGGCGAGACCGAGCGCGACUUGACGGAUGACAAGGACGACGAUGGUGAGCCGCUGACCAGUUAUCCCCCGAGAGAUGAGGACGAAGCCGACGUAGGCGCGCCGGCUCCUAGGCCCGAGCCCAGGGUGCCCAGAAAGCUGGUUAGUGCACAGAUGGGCAGGCAGCUCUGCAUGCGUGUACAUGUCGGCAGAGUGAACCAGAAAAAAGGCAGAAAGAUGUAUCUGGAAGACGGUACGCUCGUUAAUCUGGACAACGUUGCUGCGGAGUUUGUACCCGUCGUUGGCGACUGGCUUCAGCUCGAUUGUUUAUUCAAGAUCGACGGAGAUGUGAUGAAUUUCAAGGGCGAGAUAGUGGAGAUAAAGACGGUCAAGCCUCUUAGAAGGUACAACAAGAUGGGGAGGAUCACAGAUUUCAACGAAGAGCUACAGUACGGCGUUGUUGAUAGAAGCAUUGUUUUUAACAAAUUUGUUUGUCGAAAUGGUUAUCUGCCCUGUAUAGGGGAUAAGGUAAUUGUGGAAAGUAUCGAAAGCGAUCAGGAAGGACUGCAGACGCGUUGGAGGGCACUCUCUGUAGUUCCAAUUGAAGAUGUGACCAACAAGUAUGAUACAUCAGCAAUUAAAAAGGAACCCCAACUUCCUUACAACCAAAUGAAAGAUCUAAUGGAAGAUAAAGAAGACAUUGAGAUCACCAAAGAUAUAGUUAUAAAUUUAGAUAUUGGAACAACAACGUCGUUCGAAGUAAAUGUCAAGAAUAACGGUGUUUGCAAGCAAGUGAUAAUGAAAUGUGCUUUUUUGUCGCGAAGGUCAGACUCGCAGUUGAUUCUUAUUACACCGGAACGUGACGAAAAGGUAAUAUUAAAUCCAGAAAGAGAAGUUACAUAUGUCAUUAGAUGCAAAGGUAUGAAAGUUGGAGUAUCCAAAGAGUUAAUAAUAUUUAAAUUUAGAAAUUUCAAAAUCGGACGCAUCUGUGAAAUAAAUGUCAAAAGUAAGAAAACUUUCAAUGUUCCCCCAAGUGCCAACUUGUUUAAUUCUCAAAUGGGUGGACGGCAAUCAGUAAUACCACAGGUGUAUGAAGAUGGCAGAUACAUAAGAGGUGUAAAGCCAUACAAGCCUGCUAAAUUUAUUCCUGUGCGUCCUGUUACUUGGAAAAUACCUCCUGUUCUGUGGUCAACUAUCGAUAGUAUGAUUCAGAAUACUAAAACCCAGGUGGAAUCAGAAUUGGCUUUACAAGAAAAAAUACCUUGCCUUAAUCGGCCACUGAGUUUUAACAACUACAAGCAACGGUUCAACUAUUUGCUGUACUUGGAAGAAAUUGCAAUGGUCCUUGAUAUGAAGCGAUUUAGUAUGGAAAGUGCUGUGUUGCAUAGAAAUGGAGAAUAUAUGACCCUCAACGUUCCUGGUCUUGCUGAAAAACGUCCUUCGCUAAUUAUUGGAGAUCGCGUUAUUAUACAUUACAAAUGGGAAACGGAGUCCAAGUGCUACGAAGGUUUUAUCCAUAAAAUAAAAUGUUCGGACGUGUAUUUAAAGUUUAACGCCGUUUUUCACGAGAUCUAUGAUGGCGAGGAAUGCACAGUGGGCUUCAGAGCUUCGACCACAGUUCUCCAACGAUGUCAUGCGGCCAUUGGCACCGUGAUUAAGAAUCUUGGCCCCGAUUUUCUUUUUCCACAAAAAGUAGAGCAGAAGGAACCCCAGUACAACUUCGUGGACGUGAGUGACGGAGAAGCCAAAGAACUAGAACUACCGAAUUUGUUUAACUCGGAAGAUCGUAUAAAGCUCAUAGAGUCAAUCCUUUACAAGAGAGAACUCAAGUGGUUUAACAAAAAGCUCAACCCCUACCAGAAAGAAGCGGUGAAAAAUAUUCUGAGGGGCCUUGCGCGCCCGUUGCCCUAUGUCAUUUUUGGUCCACCAGGAACUGGAAAAACCAUAACAGUAGUAGAGGCCAUUUUACAGAUUUACUACACUAUUACAGAGAGUCGAAUUCUCAUAGCUACGCCGUCAAAUAGCUCGGCUAAUCUUAUUACAGAAAGAUUGUUAGACGCCAGAGUACUUCAGCCUGGUGAUUUGGUACGUCUAGUGGCCUAUCACUACUUGGACAGCGACAUGAUACCCGAGCUUUUGCUUCCCUUCUGCGUUACUGCUGACAUCGCUGAAGAGGGAACACGCACCGACAUCAACCGAGCAGAUCCUCGUGGUUGUCAAACUCAAGUGACGUUGAAAACUCUCUGCCGUCAUCGGAUAAUCAUUGGAACAUGUUCAGCUCUUGGAAUAUUAUACAAUAUGGGCUGCAAACCUGGCCACUUUACUCAUUUGUUUGUUGACGAGGCUGGCCAAGCCAGUGAGCCCGAAAUUAUGAUCCCCUUGACCUUAGCACACAAGGACGUAACCCAAGUAAUUCUAGCUGGAGAUCCCAAGCAGCUUGGUCCAAUCACUCAAAGCCGAUUGGCCGGUUACUUUGGUCUCAAUGACAGUUUUCUCGUAAGGUUACUGCAACAAUUUCCUUAUCAAAAGGAUCUUGAAGGCUUUGAGACCGGGUAUGAUCCACGGUUGAUAACCAAAUUGCUAAUGAAUUACAGAAGCUUGCCGGAUUUGCUUGAUUUGCCAAAUAAAUUGUUUUACGAUGCUGAAUUGAUACCACAGGUUGAUCCCGAGUACAGUAAAGAAGCUCAGUUAUUGGAGAAAUUCGCUGACAUGUUACCAAAGAGGCUUGGAGCUCCAUCGCCAGUUACUUUCCAUUGCGUGAACGGUACCAACAUGCGAGAUCCUGACAGCCCAAGUUGGUACAACCCAGAAGAAGCUACCCAAAUUUACACUUACCUUGUAAAACUCUUGAGGUUUGGAUUAAAAUCGGAUGAUAUCGGUAUCAUUACGCCAUAUGCCAAACAAGUUUUCACCAUAAGAAAUCUGUUGGCCAACUUGGACAUUGAUCUCCCAAAGGUUGGAAGUGUUGAGGAGUUUCAAGGACAGGAGAGAAAAGUAAUUCUGCUGUCAACGGUCAGAACUUCUGAAGAUAAGGUCAAGAAUGACAUACGACACUCGCUUGGUUUCGUUGCAGCGCCUCAGCGAUUAAAUGUAGCAAUAACGCGAGCCAGAGCUUUGCUCAUAAUCGUUGGUCAUCCGAAACUCUUGCAGCAGGAUGUUUAUUGGAGAAGUGUUUUGGAGCACUGCAGCGCUCGGAGUGCCAUUAUCGGCCUUAAAUUGGAAUAA